AUGGGGGACAAUAGUGUUACCACCAUUUCCCCUGCCACUGUGUCUCCAACGGACACUAACACCACAUUGGAGAAGAUCAGUAUUGGCCAGCAUUCCUUGGUUGUUGUUGAACCAACCGUUUUGUGGAAGAAAGGAGGCCGCUUGCUCUCUGGACUCUUGGGGUUAAAUGUGCUACUUUUGACCACUGUGCUUGUUAGCAGUGGGGCUUUCAGUAAUGUUGCAGUGGUGGAAAGGGAGGUACUCUCUUUGCUGUGCAUCCUUAUGGGCCUCACUAGCUGCUGGAUGAUGGUUUACCUGCUCUGGACUUCAAAAAAGGACCAACAGACAAGUCUAAAGGACUCGCAUGCUGGACCCAUCUGGCUGAAAGUUGGGCUGGCAGUUUUUGGAGUUUGCUCAUUGGUUCUUGAUGUGCUGAAGAUUGGGAAAUCUGCUAGUCUGGCUCAUUGUGAAUCUCCGAUCCAAAUUGUCCAUCCAGUGUUCCAGGGCCUGUUUGUGGUGUUGCAGACGUACUUCCUUUGGGUGUCCUGCAAGGACUGUGUUCAGAGUCACAUGAAUUUUACUAGGUGCGGCCUCAUGUUGACUCUCAGCACUAAUCUGGCAAUCUGGAUGGCUGCUGUCACAGAUGAAUCUCUCCACCAGACCCCUAGUGGUAACAACUCAUCUGGUGGUCACAGGCUUGCCAGAGACAAUAUCUAUUUUGUUUCAGCUGGCGGAGGAUCCUAUGGCUGUGCUUGUAAUACUCCGGUGUGUGAAACGUUCCAGACUGGAUAUUAUUACCUGUACCCCUUUAACAUUGAAUACAGCCUCUUUGCAUCAGCCAUGUCUUAUGUGAUGUGGAAGAAUGUAGGCCGUGUAAUGAGUCACCAUUCCCAGCAUACACAUCACUCUCUCCGACCCCACAGACUUUUUGUAGGACUUACCUGUGGGAUCGGGGUCCUUGUGGCUGGCCUGGGAGUCUUCAUUGUCUAUGAGAUUGAUGUUUCAUCAGAGUCAUCCAAAACAGAAGCCCUUGAAAUGUUUUACAUCUUUAACAUCAUAGCUCUUAGCCUGAUGUGUAUUAGCUCACUUGCUGGUUUCAUCAUCUUCAGAUUUGACAAGAGGGACACCGACAGUCACAAGAACCCUACCAGGAGCCUUGACAUUGCUUUACUGAUAAUAGCUGCCCUGGGCAAAUACUGUAUUGCCUAUUUCUCAAUAAUAGCCAUUGUAGCUACGGCUCCUGGGCACCUCAUUGAUGUACUCAACUUGGUGUACUCACUGCUCAUGAUAGUGCAGCAUACCCUACAGAACAUAUUCAUCAUAGAAGGACUGCAUAGAGAACCGUUCAGUAGUGGACACUCAGACCACCGCAGUUCUGUAGCCUAUAAUGAUAAGAAUGAGGUUUACAUCAAUCCAGCAGUUAUAAUUCCUCAGGGAAAUCUCUCGGAAGCCGAGCAUGGACAUGAGAUGGGUUCCAACAGCAAUGGGAUUGCUCCACACUCUAUCAUAAAGAAUACUCGAGCAGACGGGAGAAGGAAAGUCCUAAGGGAGAUUUCUUUAUUCCUGCUCAUCUCCAACAUCAUUUUUUGGAUCAUGCCUGCCUUUGGUGCUCGUCCACAGUUUGAUAAUGACCAUGAGCUGAAAUUCUAUGGAGAAUCCAUGUGGAUAGCUGUAGUAAACAUUGGACUUCCGUUUGGCAUCUUCUACAGGAUGCAUUCAGUUGCCAGCCUUCUGGAGGUCUAUGUAGUUUCCUAG